CGUUAUGAAUAACCUCAAUUAUGAAACAUAUGCAAAAUCAAAACAGCUGACCGUCAAAUAGGUGAAGAAAUCGGAAGUGAUCAAAAUUUGUUUGUUAUUUAACAAAAUUAAAACUGCAAUAAAAAUUUAGAAAAAUAGAAAAUGUCUGGAAGAUUAAUCCUACGCCAGCUCUUCCGACAGGGCGCACUUGCGCAACGCAUGCCUGUGUUUAAACGAUAUGAAAGUGCGUCAACAGCUACUGGUACAACUAGCACCACCAAGCAGCCAACAUUCAAUAAGGACACAUUGAAGCAGCUUGUAAAUACAAAUAAAGUUGUAAUAUUUAUGAAGGGUAAUCCCGAAACACCAAAAUGUGGUUUUAGCAAUGCAGUGGUUCAAAUAUUGCGAAUGCAUGGUGUACAAUAUGACGCGCAUGAUGUGCUUCAAAGCGAUGAACUGCGACAAAGCAUCAAAGAGUUUUCCGACUGGCCUACUAUCCCUCAGGUCUAUAUAAAUGGCGAAUUUGUGGGCGGUUGUGAUAUUCUAUUGCAAAUGCACCAAAGUGGCGAUUUGAUAGAGGAGCUAAAGAAGGUUGGCAUAGAAUCACUCUUACUGACAGAAACUAAAAAUCCAGAAAAAAGCUCAACAAAAGACACUAAACCCGAUCAAUAGUGAAAUCUUUGCGAUAUUAACAGCACUUUGUUUCGAAAAUUUAUGUAACUUUUGCGAAAUAUUAUUUAACUUAACGUGUUUAUUUAAUUACAAUGUUAAAUAUGAAUAAAAUUAUGUUGAAUUUAGUAUGAUCACCCAUACCAA